AUGGUUGCUGAGCCUGAGAUCAGGGUUCUCGACGUCAAGUGCCAUAUCUCCGCUCCCAAAGAGCAGAAGAAUUUCCAGAUCGACGAAGUCCGAGUUUCUGAGUCCGUCCGUGCUGAGAUUUCGGGUUCCGCUGAAACGCCUCGAUUCGGAUCGGGCAUGAGUUUUGCAACUACGUCCAUUGAAGAACCCACCACUGAGUUUAUCCCAACUAUACGUUCAGGGAGCUUCUCCGACAUUCGUGACCGGGAAACCAUGGAAGACGAACACAUUUGCAUUGACGACUUAUCAGCUCAGCUUCGCUCCUUGAACAUCUCUGAGCCAAGUGCUUUCUACGGAGUGUUUGAUGGCCAUGGUGGAGCUGAGGCAUCACUUUACAUGAAGGAGAACGUGACGAGAUUGUUUUUCCAAGAUACUGUGUUUCCGGAGAUGCCCUCCAUUGUUGACGCAUUCUUCUUGGAAGAACUGGAGAACUCUCACCGGAAAGCCUUUGCCUUGGCUGAUCUCGCCAUGGCCGAUGAGAGCAUUGUCAGCGGUUCAUGCGGGACAACCGCCUUGACCGCUCUCAUAAUCGGAAGACAUCUUCUGGUCGCUAACGCUGGAGAUUGCCGUGCAGUGCUAUGCCGGAGAGGAGUUGCUGUUGAUUUGUCUUUCGACCACAGAUCAACGUAUGAGCCAGAGCGAAGACGGAUUGAGGAUCUUGGAGGACAUUUUGAAGACGGGUACCUCAACGGGGUCCUCGCUGUGACACGUGCCAUUGGAGAUUGGGAGCUAAAGCAUCCUUUCGCUGGCUCAUCUUCACCUCUGAUCUCAGACCCGGAGAUUCAACAGAUGGUUUUAACGGAGGACGACGAGUUCUUGAUUCUGGCGUGUGAUGGUAUAUGGGAUGUGUUGUCGAGCCAGAACGCAGUGAGUAACGUAAGGCAAGGACUGAGAAGGCAUGGUGACCCGAGGCAAUGCGCAAUGGAACUUGGUAAAGAAGCGGCGAGGCUUAAUUCGUCUGAUAAUAUGACGGUUGUGGUCAUCUGCUUCUCCUCAGUGCCGUCUUCGCCUCAAAGGCGAAGAUUGAGGUUCUGUGUUUCUGAAGAAGCCAGAGCUCGGUUGCAAGCGAUGCUUGGAGGCAACUGA